CAUACGGCUCAUUCCCGGAUCAUAAUAUGAGCAUCUGAAGAGCUUCUCACUACAGCAUUGUCUUUAUUUAUGAGACUGGACUGUUUAAAAAGCGGGAAAGCAGUAACGUACCAGCAACCUUGACUCUUGCCCUUCAGUAUCUUCGAGAUAAAGAGAAGUGCAAAGUUAAGAAGUGAUGAGUGCUGUGGUCAAGAAAUCUCUUGGAGCGCCUCUCCGACAGCUGACCAGCUGCGUGACCGGGGAUCAGGACGCUUAUAGCCGAAAAGGAAAGGCUGUCCGUCGGAAGAGCGCCCCCUGCUGCUACGGGCCGACCGCACAUGAUUCAUCCUGGCUGCGGACUUACCAAGCCGAACUGCACAGAGAAAGGAAACACAGACAAGCCAAAUUUGCACAGAAGAACGCAGAAAGAGCUGCCAUGAGGGUGCAUUACAGAAGUCCACACCGCUACGCCAAGCCACCGGUUCAGAGGACAAACCUAAACAGCAAGACCUCCAGCAAAAAUGACAACUCGCUUUUCGGCGCCUUCCAAGGGCUCAGUCUGAACCUGAACGCAGCACAGGCCUCCAUCACAAACUCCGUUCAGUAUCUGAGGUGAACGAUGAGACGCUGCACUCC